AUGAAUAAUUUACCAUUUAAUAAAUGGACCCUAAGUUUCAUUAGCAAAUAAUACGAGGAUCUUUACGAGUCUGAGAUGAUUAAAUAGAGGCAAUCAUACUUUAGGAUCAUAGAUAUAACCAUUUUGCUAUUGUGCAUCUUCUUCUUCAUAUUUUAUUUGCUGUAAGGAGGAUAAAUCGUUGUAAUGGUGAUAUUAGCAUUUUCGAGUCUAGUUAUUUUAUUAACUCUGAUUUACGCUCAGAAAUUCGCAUCAAAGGUCGGCUACUAUUACUUUUUAAUGUAUGUCGUAUCCUUAGCUAUAAGCUUAUACAUAGCAUCUCAAAAUUAGCAAAAGUAAUUUGUAGAUCUAUAUUUAUAAGAUCGUCAUUUCUUUACGGAUAGGCAACAGCCAUAAUUGCAAUAAUACAAUUCCUCUUUAGUCAUAUAAAAUUGCGGAUGUUUACUCUAUUUGUUGUUCCAGCAGUCUAACUUUAUAUUUUAGGAUUAUUUACUGUCUAAGAUUUUGGAAAUAUCAUCCUAACCUUCAUGACGUAAUUUCUGAUUUUACUCUAUUCUCAUUAUAACGAAUUCAUGUUUCGCUUGGCAUUUUCAUAUAUGAUCUACAAUCUUAAACUGAAGUAAUUAUUUAUUUUAUAAUAAGAGACAUAUCAUAGGGAUACAUCCCACAUUCCUUUAUAGCAAUAAGUCUUAAUGCCAGAAACAACUCUUUCCAGCUCGAAUUUCAAAAUCAAAUUAGUUAAACAAACUUAAAUGUUGAAGAUACUAAAACUUUAAUUGAAAUGAUGAGAAACACCUUUGUUGUCCCCAAGGGUUAAAUACCAACUUUUGUUGAUUUAUAGAACAUAAACAUUUAAAGAUCAAGUGAGUUAUCUCUAAGACGGCUAGGCAAUAAAAAAUAAACCUUGGAGGAAUAUGCCUUCUAUAAGAGUAAAUAAAACUCUUCAGAUGAACAAUAAUAAUCCAGUGAACAGACCGAAUAAAUGGAAGGCGUGUUUUAUAAUUAAGUCAAAGGAACCAAUAUAAUUGUCAAUAUUGAUAUCAAAUCUAUGAAUUAUGGCAAGAAUUAUUUACUGAUUGUCGUUAAGGAAGAAAAACCUCCUUAACAGUUACCUAAAAGCGAAGAACAAAUUCGAUUCUUAAGCAAAGUUAUUUAAUAUGCUUCUAAUCAACUUUCAGUAGCACAUUAGCAUUUCUACAAAGAAAUAAUAGGCUUAAAGUUGAGUUCAUUGGAUAAUAAUAAAUUUUGGUAAAUUAAGUGUAUGAAUUUAACUAUUAUGAACCACUUUUAAAACUUUUACUUUUUUGUUCAUUCCACUAAAAUCAAUAGUACUUUGGCAACUUAUAAUAAAAUUAAUCUUAAAACCUUUCUUAAUAACUUGUAACAACACUUCUCCUAUAUGAGUAUGAAAUAAAAAAUGAGAUUUCAUCACUAUUUGUAACUGGAGGAUUUUAAGGUUAAUGUAAACUCUAAAUUCCUAUCCUAAAUUAUAGUUAACAUUUUUGAAUCUUGUUUGAAGUUAGCCAACUGCAAUUCUACAAUAAAUCUGAAUGUUACAAAUGAAUUGAAUCUAAAUCCAUUACAAAACAAAACUGCUGAAAAGAAAUGCCAAUAAGAUUUAGAUUUUAUAAAAAAGGUGGCAGAUGAAUCUCUAUAAAGUCAGAGUAAAAUAGAAGUGUAAAAGCUUAUCAAAUUUGAGUUUUCGUUUUUGACAAGCAAAAAGAUUGAUUUAAAUUUAGAAACCAAUAUAAUUUUAAAUCCCUAAACUUAUGAAGAGUUCCAAUUUAACAACAGUUAAGAAUUCUAACUUAAUCAACCUAUCACUAAUUUUUUAUUAAGGAAGAUUGGCCCCUACAAUUCAAUUUAAUAUUCUUAAAAUAUCUACUGCGGUCAUUAAUGUUAAUAAACAUUGAUGCUAUACCCCCCUAUGUAAGAUUUGAUUUAAUAACAAACCCUGUAUUAAAAUAAGAUUAGUUUCUACAUUUACACAGAUUAAACCCAGCUGACACAAUCAUUCAUUAAAUACACGUAAUAGAGAUCAUUUUUAUAAGCUUGA